AUGAUGAGUGAGCCUUCACGUGGCGGACGAAGGAGAAGCUCAAGACUUGAGGACAAGGAAGACGCACCAUUCGCCAACGGCAUAGUACAUGAUUCGGAGCCAGUCAAGGGGCGUCAAAGUACCACAGUGAAGCAAGGAAAGGCCAGUGUCAAUGGUGCGGGUGUGAAAUCAGCGGCGAAAAGGCAACUUGCUUGGGACGAAGAAGCCGAUGGAUUUGCAUUUACACGGACGCGCGCAAAGAAAGCAAAAGCGGAGGCUGUACUAGCCAGUACUGCUGAGGAGCCUAGGCAGGAGGAACAAGCUGAACCAGCGCCAACAAGGAAGUCAAAGAAGAAGGCCACUGGUUCGCCCAGUGCCGCACCCGUAGAAAAUGGAGGGGAAACAGCGAGGAGGAGAAGCACAAGGCAUAGCGGAGAACAUGAGAAUGCGGAUCCACCAGCUUUGCCUGUCAAGAAGAGGAGGAAGGACCGUGCCUCCAGCGAGCUGAAGCCCGACCAUGGAGGCGAGAGAUCGCACAUGGACAAUGAGCGAGCGAGAAAAGACCCGCAGCAGAACCAUACGCAGCCGAUUGAGGUUACGUUCGAUGCUACGAAGAUCGCCUUGCCAUUCGCGGACACUCCGAUCAUACGGCGGAAUAAGGAGAUGAGGAAGACGAAUGCGACUCGAAGAAGUAGCCUGGGUAUGAGAGGGAGAAGGGCAAGUUCGUUGAUUGACACAGGCAAAUCUAAUGCCAUGCCUCAUGAUGAAGUCGAAAGUUCCGAAUUCUACAAGCACAUAGCAAGUGAUGGACUCUCGGAACCACGACGAAUGAAGCAGCUCCUCACUUGGUGUGCGACACGAGCGUUGGGUGAGAAGCCUCUGUUUUCGACAGAAGAUGGAAAUGCAAGAUUAGCAGCCCGAGAGAUACAAUCGCAGCUGCUGAAAGACUUCUCGACGAAGUCCGAGAUGUCAGACUGGUUCAGCAGAAACGAUUCAACACCAGAACCUUCGUUACCAAGACCAAAUCCUAUGAACGUUUCAAACCUAGCCAAGAUACAAGACCUGGAGCAACAAAUAGCCCGUCUGCAAACGGAGCGCCAAACUUGGGAGUCUCUCCUGCGCCCUCCGCCCGACAGCGCAGUUCUUCUCCCACCUCUUCCCUUAGACCCACCAGCUCAAUUAGCCAUCGACUCCAACCUCCUCUCCGAUCCCGCCCAAACAGCCGCCCUGGAGACCCUCCAAUCCUUGACCUCGGAUUUCCAACCCUCCCUCUCAGCCAUCACAUCGUCGCGUCUCCAAGCCAUAAACCAGAACCUCGAAUUCGACGUCGACAAGUUCGCCCACAACGUUCACGCAUUGGGUGCAUACAAAGACGCUGCGGAAAGGAUAGCGGACGAGGUCCUGGGCCUGAGCGCCGAAGCUCUAGAGAAGAGGGAUCGAGAGGGCAAAGCCAGAGCUGCUGGGGAGGGCGGCGAGCCAGGCAUGAGGGAUGUGCUCAGGGGCUUGAGCCGGGUGGUUGAUCGGUGA